GGAGAAGGUGGUGAAGAGAAGCUGGCAGGAGCCGGUAUGGGUUUGCCAUGUAGGGGUGGGGGGCUCAGGUUUACGCAGCUUGCUUUAGGUCACAUAGUAAGUGGCAGAGUCAAGGCCUGCAUCUAGAUCGUGACAUAAGGGUUGUACAUAAUGUGCUUCAGUUUCCUCAUUUGUACAACAGAGAAACUAAUGGUCCUUACCUCCCAGUAUGGUCAUGAGGAUUAAAUGAGAUAAUCAUGUGACAACCUAGCACAUGGCCUAGAUAGAGCAUGGUAAGUGCUCAAUAAUAUUAGCCAUUAUUAUUAUUAAUAUUAACAUGCCAUUCAAUCACCAAAGGCAGAAUUACAAUGAUGAUAGCAAAAAUUUAGCAUGAACACAAGUAUGGUGACUUUAGAGUUGUUUCUAGUUCCUAAGCAUGUUUGGCAUUUCAUUAGAAACUAACUUGAAGCUGUGGCAUUUCCCCCGAUGCCAGCCCCCUGAACUCACCUGUCAGCCUGUCUAUCUGCCUUGGUCUCAGAUGGAGUGACUGUUCUGCCUGCCCCUCAGAACCUCUCUGUACAAUCAACCAACAUGAAGCAUGUCUUGACAUGGAGCCCAGUGAUUGUGCCUGAAGAAAUAAUACACUAUUCUGUCGAGUACCAAGGAGAGUAUGAGAGCCUGUACAUGAGCCACAUCUGGAUCCCCAGCAGCUGGUGCUCGCCCACCCAAGAGCCCGAGUGUGACAUCACUGAUGACAUCACCGCCACUGUACCAUACAGCCUCCGGGUCAGGGCCACCCUGGGUUCACUGACCUCAGCCUGGAGUACCCUGAAGCACCCCUUUAAUCGAAACUCAACCAUCCUCACCCCACCUGGGAUGGAGAUCACCAAGGAUGGCUUCCACCUGGUUAUUAAGCUGGAAGACCUGGGGCCACAGUUUGAGUUCUUCGUGGCCUACUGGAAGAGGGAGCCUGGUGCCAAGGAACACGUCAAGAUGGUGAGGCGCGGGGGCAUUCCGGUGCACCUGGAAACCAUGGAGCCAGGGGCUGCACACUGCGUGAAGGUCCGGACGUUCGUGAAGGCCAUUGGGAGGCACAGUGCCUUCAGCCAGACAGAAUGUGUCAAGGUGCAAGGAGAGACCCUGCCGCUGGCACUGGCUCUGUUCUCAUUUGUGGGCUUCAUGCUGAUCCUCGUGGUUGUGCCGCUCUCCAUCUGGAAAAUGGGCCGGCUGCUCCAGCACUCCUGUUGCCCCGUGGUGAUGCUCCCCGACACCUUGAAAAUAACCAGUUCACCCCAGAAGCUAAUCAGCUGCAGAAGGGAAGAGGUAGAAGCCUGUGUGGUGGCCGGGCUGUCUUCUGAGGAGCUCCUCAGGGCCUGGAUCUAGCAGAUGAAGUCUAGAAACCUGGUCUGCAGGACACGGGACGGUGAGGGGAAGGGCCGUGCUUCGGCUUUCCUCCAAGGACAAAGGACAAGAGAAGAAGAGCCUGCUGUGUCUGUGUUAGAAGCAACUGUCAGAGGUAGAGUGGUGUGGCCGAUGGAGCACUGAGAGGGGGUCAGGGGAUGCGACCUCCAGCACUGGAUCUCUCUGCUGUCCUCUAGGGGGAUGACCCUGUGGAAGGUGCUUCGUCUCUCAGUUUUCUCAACUAUACAAUGAGGGGAUUAAGUACCCAACCAUUAAACCAUAUGUAUAUAUAUCCAUAUCAUCUCUCCACCACUUGAAGAGCUGUAGGGAAAUUGACAACACUGUGCAUUGGGAUUGGUUCUGCUUUUCUGAAGAGCAGUAGAUACACGUGUAACAGGAAUAAUCCCAAGCUCUAUACACCUGCUGGCUUGGAGAUCCUGCUUUGCUAGAGGAACCUUGAAGAGGAAAGGAAGGGUGGGUGCAAUGGGGUUGAUUUCAAUUCAAGCCAAAUGCCUGCUCAGAGGUGACUGAAUGGCUAAGCCAGCUCUCCAAACCAUGACCCGGAGGGAGGCCACAGCCCCCUGAAAAUGAGCCGCGCACAGAUGCUGCAGACACGUGAAAUGCUGUACAGGGUAGAUAGUGUGUGCACACUGAGGACAGCAGCUAAAAUGCAUGUGCAUGAUGAGA